AUGGUGGGAAAGAACAUCAGCAUUAUGACCAAUUUCAUUCUUUUGGGAUUUUCAGAGCAUCUUGAACUGCAGAUUGUCCUCUUUGUGUUGUUUCUGGGAAUCUACCUUAUGACUCUGGCUUGGAAUCUGGUCCUCAUCAUCUUGAUCAGGAUGGAGUCCCACCUUCACUCCCCUAUGUACUUCUUCCUUGGUAACUUGUCCUUUGUUGACAUUUUCUACACCUCCUGUGUUGCCCCUAAGAUGCUCUGUGACUUCUUCAAAAAGCAGAAGACCAUUUCCUUUGUGGGAUGCGCUGCUCAGUUUUUCUUCUUCAUUGAGAUGGGAGCCACUGAAUGCUGUCUUCUAGCAGCCAUGGCAUAUGACCGGUAUGCUGCCAUCUCUAACCCUCUGCUCUAUACAGCCAUAAUGUCACCCACCAUCUGUUUGGGGAUGGUCAUUACAGCAUAUGCUGGAGGAUUCCUCACUGGAUUGGUCCAAACCAGCAAUGUAUUCCGACUCCAUUUCUGUGGGUCCCGAAUCAUUAACCACUUUUUCUGCGAUCUCCCACCUCUACUCCUCUUAUCUUGUUCUAGGACAUUCUUCAGCCAGGUCGUGAACUUUCUCGUUGUGUGUGCAGUUGGUGGAACAUCGGCUGUUGUUGUUCUGAUUUCCUAUGGCUACAUCAUUGCAGCUGUCAUGAAAAUUCAUUCCACCAAAGGGCGAGCAAAGGCUUUCAACACCUGUGCCUCUCAUCUGACUACAGUCAUUCUCUUCUAUGCCUCCGGUCUGUUCUCCUAUCUUCAUUCAAGUGCUGGAUACUCACAGGACCAAGAUAAGGUGAUUGCCAUAUUCUAUGGAGCUGUGAUUCCUAUGCUGAAUCCCAUCAUAUAUAGUCUGAGAAAUAAGGAGAUCAAAGAUGCAUUGAAAAAAAUCAAAGAGAGGAAGAAGCAUGUCAUCUCUCUGUGCCCUUAA